GACAGUCCGCUGCCACGCACCACCACCGCCCACCCCGGCGGAGCGCGAUGCACAGCUGCAGCUGCAGAGGAGUUGGCAGGCAGAGUCGGUGGACAGCGGCUGCAGCAACAGCACAGCGUUUACGACUCCUUCCUCAGAGGGCUUUUACGCUGAAAGCAUCUGCCCAACCACUGGAGGGCGCUGUGAUCAGACACCCAGCAAAUUCUCUACAAUAAAGGUGGAGAAAGCUACGAUGACAGAGGGUCCAUUCCCAGAGCCGGUGAGAGUCCGGCAUAAGGAGAGGGGGGGUCGCUGGGGCCACGCCUCGCCGUUCUUGCGCGGCAGCACUAUCGUUCGCUCUCAGACCUUCUCACCUGGUGCGAGGAAUCAGUAUGUCUGCAGGUUAUAUCGCAGCGACAGUGACAGCUCAACUUUACCAAAGAAGUCACCUUUUGUUAGAAACACGUUGGAAAGAAGAACGCUGCGAUAUAAGCAGCAGUCGUAUCGCUCCUCCUUGGCUGAGCAGCCAACACGCACCUCCUUGGACCUGGAGCUGGAUCUUCAGGCCUGCAGGACCCGUCAGAGACAGCUGAUGGAGGAGCUGAAUGCCCUGAGAGAGCUGAAGCUGCGACUGGAGGAGCCACAGUCCAGGGAGGCCGCCGAACUUCCCAACUGGGCCCUGAGGGACGAGCGCUUCCGCUGCCUGCUCAGAGAGGCUCAGAGACAGGCCGGCCAGAGCAAGCAGGAGCAGCGUCAGGAGGAGGCCGCUGAGAGGAGGCUGAGGAAGGCUUCUAAAGAGGUUCUGCAGAUGAGAGGGCAGAGCCAGAAGGAGCCUCUGCCUGUGCAGACGUUCAGAGAGAAGAUGGCCUUCUUCACCAGACCAAGGUUUAACAUCCCUCCUUUGCCAGCAGACGACGUAUGAGGACCCCCCUCUGUGCUGCAUGAAGUAUUUGUCACCUUUUCUGAGCUCAUGAAGUUUUUUCUACUAGAGGCGCGGCGUGUGCUCUGCAGAUGAAGAUCUAAAUGUUUGACACUUUCAGAAGCAUUCGUGUGGCUUUUAGAAACUAGACCCGGUUACUGACAACAGCCCCGCUCUACAAUGUGGUGUUUUUAUGGGGGGGGGGGGGGGUUACUCGGGUUUGUGCUACAGAAGGCUGGAAGGCGGGAACAAGUCGGUUUGGACAGAUUCACUGUACUGUAACUUAUUUUAUAGUACUUUUCCUUGAAGGAAAUCAAAUGUUUCCAGCUUCUUAAAUGUAUUUUGAACAAAUAGCACUUGGAUGUUUUUACUUACAGCUAAAUGAAACUAUUGUUGGCUGUUUUUUCUGUUACUUAACUCGAGUUAUUUACGUGAACUGUUAUUGUGUAAUCCACUUUUAUUACAGAUGUCAAUGUUAUUUUGUUCUUAUUAAAAUUAAUAUUAUUUCAUAUCCCUUUCAAUAUAUGAACAAAUAUAUGAAACACUGUAUUCAGGGUUUUCUUGUGCUUGUAUGAACAUUUGCAGUUACUUCCUGUCAAGAUAAAAGUAAAUGAAUCUGCAUGUGGA